GCCCCGCCUCCUUCACCGGCGCCACCCUUGCUUCAAGGAUUUCUCACGUCCUUGUAGGUUGUGCACCUCCACCUUUUUCCGUACUUGUGUCGUUGUCGUUGCCAUUCCUCACUCCGACAGCUCCACGGCACAGUCUUUGCGACGUUAGAACGAAUUCUGCUAGAGAUUUGCUGUGUUUUUUUAGGAGCGUUCGUGUGUUUUGAGGUGGGUGAGUGGAUUUUGUCGGAGGCGCUGAGAGUAGGGUUUGAGCUCGAGUUUCGAGAUGGGUUGGCUGUCCGUGGCAGUGCUGCGCGGUUAUGCCUUGGCAGGACCCGUCAUGAUGCUGUUGUACCCCUUGUACGCUUCGAUUAUAGCGAUUGAGAGCGCAGACAAGGAAGAUGACCAGCAAUGGCUGACUUACUGGGUGUUGUACUCUGUGGUGUCUCUUUUGGAGAUGGCUGCUGGGCCUGUGAUCGCCUGGAUCCCGUUUUACUCGACGACAAAGCUGGUGAUCGCGUCGUGGCUUGUGUUGCCGCAGUUCCGAGGCGGAAUCAUAUUGUAUGAGAAGUUUGUGAGCCCUUACUUGAACGCUGCCACUGGCCAGACGGACCAGAAGCUUACCCACUCGCAGCGGAAGGUGUUGGGUUCCAUCAGCCCUGAUGCACAGGCCUCGGUCGCUGCUUACAUAAAGGAGAACGGACCAGGUUCUUUUGACGAGUUGAUGCGAAGGGAAACCGCGAAUAUGCAUGAUGAGAAAGUAGCGGAGGAGAAGAAGCACGAUGGUUAUAGUUCUUCGGAUCCUGAGUAGAAAUUGGUUAGGAGGGAAAAGAGAUAUUUCUAUUUCGCUGGUCGAUUUAUAUGUUUAGGCAGGGCUGUUUAUUUGAAGUUCGAUGACAUUGUGGCCGUGUUAGUUAGGCCCGUGCAAUUUGAAAGCUCAUGCACAUGACCUUGACUGAAAAACGUUGUUUAUACACUCUCUUUGACACUUGUAAUAUCAAUUGCGUACUAGCAUUUUACCACGACAA